UUCUAAUAAAUUAUUUACAAUUUAUUUGGAAAAAAUGUAGACGGAGUAGUUAGCUAACCAAAUAACAGAAGAGGCUAACACCAAACAAGCGCCGGCCAAACGAAAUGGGAUAUUCCAUGCCGUUGCACCUUAACCUUUCUUCUUCCACUUCAACCAUAAUCUCUCCAAUGGCUGCUACACUUCUUCCUCAUCCUCACUCCUUCUCUUCCUCUCGUCUUCCCCUAUCCCAUCUUUCUUUUCCAGCUUCUGCUUCACUCCUCACUUUCCGCUCCAACCGCCACCGUUCUUCCCUUUCCGUCUCCGCCUCCCUAUCCACCGCAGAAUCUCAGACCACCUCCGGUUCCUAUGGCGACAAAAAACUCCUCCUCGAAGUCAAAGAUUUGACUGCCGUUAUUGCCGAAUCGAAGCAGGAGAUUCUCAAGGGUGUUAACCUCACCGUCUAUGAAGGAGAGAUUCAUGCUGUGAUGGGGAAAAACGGUUCUGGGAAGAGCACGUUUGCUAAGGUUCUUGUAGGUCAUCCAGACUAUGAAGUUACAGGGGGUAGUAUGGUUUUUAAAGGGGAAAACUUGUUGGAAAUGGAGCCAGAGGACCGCUCCGUUGCUGGCCUUUUUAUGAGUUUCCAAUCCCCAGUUGAGAUUCCGGGUGUGAGCAAUAUUGACUUUCUGAACAUGGCUUACAAUGCUCGAAGGAGAAAACUUGGUCUGCCGGAGCUUGGACCAAUCGAGUUCUAUGCUUACAUAUUUCCUAAACUUGACCUUGUCAACAUGAAGACGGACUUUCUCAAUAGAAAUGUUAAUGAAGGAUUUAGUGGUGGUGAAAAGAAGCGGAAUGAGAUUUUACAACUUGCGGUUUUGGGGGCUGACAUGUCUAUAUUAGAUGAAAUAGAUUCUGGAUUGGAUGUUGACGCACUUCGCGAUGUGGCAAAAGCAGUAAACAGUUUACUGACUCCAAAAAAUUCUGUGUUGAUGAUUACUCAUUAUCUGCGACUGUUGGAAUUCAUAAAGCCUUCAUAUAUUCAUGUUAUGGAGGAUGGAAAAAUUGUGAAGACAGGAGACAUCAACAUAGCCAAAAUUCUUGAGAAAGAAGGAUAUAAAGGAAUUUCUGAUGCAUAACUGCCAAGAAUAGAUCCUCAUCCUGUAAAAGAAUGUCCGCCUAUGCAGCGCAGCACGAGGAUUUUACUGGAUAUUGCAACCAUAAGGUAUGGUGAGGCUUCGUUGGUGACUCUUUCUUCAAAACAUGGUGUUGCUAUGCAAAUGGUAUUGAGUUUAUUUUUGUCUCUUUAAUGCAGAAAGUUGUCUUAAGACAGGAAGAUGCCAGGAAAACCUAGGAAUUGGUAGUAAUACAUUUCUCAGGCUGGUAGAACUAAUUUAUUUUUACUUCUUUUUCUUACCCUAAACUCGAAAGUCAAUAAAUAUUUUUUGAUGAGUCUAGUCUGAUUCGCAAUAGGUAUAGUAUCUUUCAACAAUUGAAACAAAUGUGAUGUUUUGAUACUUUAGAAGUUGAUUGAAAGGUUUAGAUUGUGUUCCUUGUACUUGUAUGUAACUUACACUCUUGGGUGUUGUUUGAAGAGUAAAACAAUAAACAUUAUUUAUGAUAUUCAAAUUGGAUGUUAAAAA